GUCACCUUCCCUUACCAGGUCUUGGUAACCACAAAUUUAUAUGCAUGUUUGCCUGUCCUGGAUAUUUCAUGUAAAUGGCAUCACACACUCGUGACUUUUGUGUCUUUCCUCGUGCGCACUCAAGAGCUUGAUUCUCUCCUUAGUUCAAAGAUGAUCGCGCUGUUGGCCAGGAAGGCGUUCCCUUGGGCGCAGUUAUAACAGUUUCCAUGUGCGAGCUUUUCUGCGCGUGCAUGUUUUCAUUGGCCUUUCCUACCUCAGGGUUUCCAAAGUUCACAAUGCUGUUUCACAUCCCAGAGCAGAAUUUGAACUUUUGUUUAACACAGAUAUCAAACGCCCCUGGCCUAGAUAACAAAAGCAGGGGGAGCCGCACUGAAGCGGUACAGGCGGGGCUGGUUGCCCUGGAGACCGCGGGGCUGAGGUCCCGGCAGACCCCGCGCCGCCAACGGCGGUGGGCAGAGCGCGCGUGCGCACGGGGCCCGCCGCCCCCCGCGCGGCGCUGCGCUGCAGGUUUCUUCAUUCUUUAUGUGGGUCUCAGCACUUGUGAUCUCCACCAUCAACUGUGGCUAACUUGCUGACAAUAGAGAGGAAUAUUAACAAGGAGAAAAUGACGAAUCUGCACAUGAAAGAGGCGGCCCUUGUCUAUCUUGACAGAAGUGGAGGCCUCCAAAAGUUCAUAGACGACUGCAAGUACUACAAUGAUUCAAAACAAAGUUACGCUGUCUAUCGGUUCAAUAUUUUAAUAAACCCCUCUGAUGUUGUUGAAUUAGAUGCCGAACUUGGAAAUCACAUUUUGCACCAUCCCUUAAAAGCUGCUCAAGUUUUUCAAUCAGUCUGCUUUGUUGCUGUCAAGACGCUCUCAUUAAUUGGACAAUUACAGACUGAAACUCAAAUCAAUAUUGUGCUGAAGUUAACACACUUACCUUCCCUGCCAAGUUAUAGUCUUGACCUUUGUGAGUUCCCACUUAAUUAUACAUCUCAGAGGUUUUAUGUGAUGCAAGGGAUUGUGAUGGCAAUGACGACUGUAACCAAGUACACACGAGGUGCGAGGUUCCUCUGCUCAGAUGAAGUGUGCCCUCUGUCAGAAGGAUUUCAGUAUAUAAGAGUCCAUGUGCCUGGUGCUACCGAAUCUGCCACAGUAAGAAAUGACUUUGUGUGCGGCCUAUGUUCAUCUUCACUUCAGGAAGACAGGAAAUUUAGAGUACUUGGUGAUAAACAGAUAGUUGAAAUAAUUACCACAAAAGUACUUCAUGCUUUUCAAGGAGAUUCUAAAAACCAGCCGUUUAGGUUUCAAUCACUUAGUAUUUUCCUAAGAGAUGAGCUAGUGAAUAAAAUGAAAAUAGGAAAUGAAUAUAAAAUUAUUGGAAUUCCAGCCUGUGUCAAAACUUCACAAACUGCUCUCUGUAUAGAAGCAAAUAGUAUCACCCCUUACACAGCAAAAGUUCCUUCAGGGAUUAGUGACAACUUGAGGUGUCUCCUCUCCUUGACUUCCAGCUCAUGCUGGAAGUUCACGGCAAUACUUGCCAAUAUCUUUGCCUCACAGAUUGUUCCUCCUGGGACUUACAAUUUGCUCAAACUCUGUUUGUUGAUGAGUCUAGUACAGACAAGAGACUGCAACAGGGACUCAGAAGACUGCUUGGAUAUCUUAAUUAUAACCAGUGACACUCUGCUUGUAGAGAGACUUUUGAAGUAUAGCAUGAAUCUUGUCUCCCGUGGUAUACAUCACCCAGUCUCUACUGAAGUGUUUCCCACUGUGUACAGAAAUAGAUAUGGAACUGGAACAGUGAGCAUUCAGGCUGGCAGUGCCUUGUUAGCUAAGGGCGGUGUCUGCUUUAUAGGAGACCUGACAUCACAUAAGAAAGAUAAACUCGAACAGCUUCAGUCAGUUUUGGAGAGCAGAAGCAUGACAGUGUUCAUCCCAGGAAAGAAGUUUGGGGAUGAUAACGACCAGCAAAUGACUUUCCCCAUUCAGUGCAGUUUUUGGUCUUUUGUUGAUAUGGAUUCAUCUUCAAGGAGAAAUGUGCAGAAAACCAGUACUCUGAUUGGUCAGAUGGAUCACAGUUUGAUUCCAGCCAAUCUCGGGGAGGCAUUUGGAUUGUUGAUCAACUGCAAUGAGUCGUCUCCUUGCCACCCAUUUCUUCCCACUGUGCAACACACUUUAAAGAGAGCUAUGGACCCCGAGGGGCUGCUUUACUUAGCUUCUAAACAGUUCACAACUGAAGAUUUUGAAAAGCUACUGGCUUUUGCAAAGAAUUUGAAUAUGGAAUUCAGCUUGGAGGCAGAAAGAAUGAUUCAUGGCUAUUAUCUAGCCAGUCGCAGAAUCAGAACGGAUUCUGUCCACAGAUCGAAGCUGUCAGCAUCUGCACUGAAACACUUAGUUUCUUUAUCUGAAGCCCAUGCUCGACUGAACCUCCGGAAUAAAGUGCUCAAGGAAGAUGUGCUAAUUGCAGCCUUAUUGUUUGAACUGUCUCUCACCCUGAAAUAUGGGGCCACUGCAUUUUGUGUUGCUCCCAAUGCCCUCUUCCCAUUUGAACUGUAUGAUGAAGGACACUUAGAGCAAAGAGAUCUCCACCUGGCUCAGUACCAGCAGCAGCUCCAACAGUUUAUCGCCGCAUGUGGACCUGGGACAGCCAUCUUUUCUAGUGAUGAAUAAGCAAUCUGAGCAAAGGAUUACUUUUCACACCUCUAUAAGCCUUGGUUAAACGUAUGAGUGAUUUCGAAGUAAUGCUGCAGAGGUGUACUGCCUCAGGGUAUCUAUUAGAAUGCCAUUAAGAGUAGGAAACGUGCCCCCUUCAUAAGGAGCACAUACACAAAUAACCCAAGUAUCUAAAACCAGUAACAAAAUUUUAUAUUUAAACAUUGUUACCAAGGAGAUGCACAUCACACACUUCCUGGCUACCCCAGUGUAUCAAUGAUACCCACACUGAGAAUAUUGCAGUGUGAAAAAAAGCUGUUCAUUCCAUCAGGUAGCAACACUUUACCUACAAACAUACCACUUUAAGCUUAUUUAUUUACCAAAUGGAUUAACUUCAAAUCACUGCAAUUUUUAUGACCCAAAGUGUCUAAUGUAAGGUCUUUCUCUAUUUUAACAUGUACAUUAAGGGUAUACUGUUUUAUAAGCCCAAGUAUGAAGUCAAGGAAAGCUGUGUAACUCUUACAUACACCUUUUGUACAACCAGUGACUCCAAAGACAACUUUUACUCCUGGGGGCAAGUGGUCACCCUGCCUCCAAUUAGCUGGCACUCUAGGGUCAUAGAGUACCUGACUUGGUAUUUCUAGGUACUGGCUCUGAAAAGCAAGUCAAUGACAGUACAUGUAAAUUAAGACCUGUUUUGUGCCUUUUCAUAAUGAUGUGUGAAGUGUAGGUCUCUGGAGUGAAGGUAAAACAAUUCUUACCAAAAAACAACACACACACACACACAAAGUACCUCUCAAACUGAAAGUCUAACAUUAGGAAUUUCCUUGUUCCUGAGGAUCAAGCCCAGGGCCUUGUACCAGCUAAGCAACCACUUCCCCAGCCAACACAAAGGCUUUUCAAUGCCCCACGUCAUCAGAACAUUGCUGUAUUCUUAUGCUGUGUACUAAACCUAGGGACUCAAGAGGCUAAAGAUUAGCAGUGUUUUAUUUAGACUUGUCAAGUGACCCUAGACAGACUGCCCAGGCACCUUCCUUCCUACAGUGUAUGCUGGUUCUACUGGCAAUCAGGAUUACUUCUGUUGACAAAAGUAAACGAAAUAGCUCAUGAAAGGUGAGAACUUUACUAUGAGAACGACGCUUUAAAGAUAAACAUUUUAAAGAAAUUACUGCCCACAACAAUCAGCUCUUUAUUUCUACAUAAUUUAUUGUUUAUUACUAUCAAAUAAAAUACUAAUUCUCAUCA